AUGAGUCGUUUAGAUGGUGGUGUAACAUCUAUUGAAAUUUUAUCCUGUUUUGAUAAUAUUGGUAUUGAUAUGAAUAUAAACAAAACUUUUCCAAAAAUUUUAAUAAAACAGAGAUUGAAAUUUAAACUUUAUACAAAAGUAGCUGAUGCUAGAAAAACAAAUGGAGAUAUUCCUCUUGAUUGUGACAUUCUAUUUGUAUGUAUUGGUCAAAGACCAUAUACUAAAGAUCUUGGUCUUGAUAGUGUUGGUAUUAAAUUGAAUCAACUUGGCCGAAUUGAAGUUGAUAAAAAUUUUCAAGGAACACGUAAAGAUAUUUAUAUUAUCAGUGAUUGUAUUCAAGGAUCUAUGUGA